UGGUUCGCCAUAUGGAUAAGCCGUCUUAUCGGCUUUCCUCUCCCCUGGGAUAAAUAUGUAAAUCCUAUCCUAUCUUCAUUUUGGAGAUGUCAGAAUGCCAUGUAGAUGUUGGAAUCUGACAUAAUUCUAUUAUCAAGGUUUUCUUAUAUCAUAACGGUAAAGCCAUCUCAUCAGCUUUCCCGCCAAUAUAAAUAUGAAAAUCCUAUGUAAAUACUAUUAAAAUAGUUUUAUUUUAUACUUAAUGGAGACAUAGUUAGUCAGUAGAUUAAUGUCUUUCAUCCAUGUGUUUCGGAGACUUUACUCAUCCGCUACAAAGGUUCGGAUAAAAAAUUUAUCAGAAAUACCGUCAAACACUGAAGUGAACAUAAAUGGCUGGGUAAAAUCUGUUCGAAAUCAUAAAAAAGUUGCAUUUUUGGAUAUCAAUGAUGGAUCAUGUAUAAGAAAUUUACAAGUGGUUUUAUCGACUGGAGAAUUUUCUACUGAUCAGUAUUUUUAUGGUUCUGCAUUGGAAAUCACUGGUGAACUAAUUCACAGGCAGCACAAGAACCCUAACAUGGAAAUACUUUGUAAAUCAAUUAAACAAUAUGGCACCUGCGAUCCAGAGUCAUAUCCCCUUCAAAGUGAAUAUGAUCACCCUCUUAAUUAUACAAGACAGUUUCCUCAUUUGCGUCCUCGCCAGAAUAUGACUGCUUCAAUUUUGAGAGUUCGUAAUCGGGUAGAAAUGCUGAUACAUGAUUAUUUUCAGAAGAAUGAUUUUACACAUAUUCAUACACCUAUAAUAACUUCAAAUGACUGUGAAGGAGCAGGUGCCUUAUUUUCUGUAACUUUAGACACUGAUGAGAAAGAAAAAGAGAAUUUCUUUGGAAUUCCUUCAUAUUUAACUGUUUCCGGUCAACUGCAUUUAGAAGCUUGUUCAAUGGGAAUCGGAAAUGUUUAUACGCUAAGUCCAGCAUUUCGUGCCGAACAAAGUAGACCAAGAACGCAUGUUAGCGAAUUUCAUAUGCUUGAAAUUGAAAUGGCUUUCACAAAGUCAAUGCAAGAUUUAUUAAAUAUACUCGAAGAUAGUUUACGUCAUAUAAUUAAGAAAUCAUUAGAAGAAUGCAAUAAUGAACUUUCAAUGUUUCAUCAAAAAGCAGAUAUACCGAAUUACCAAACCAUUGUUGAAAGAUGUGCGAAUGAGUCGUUUUUGAAUAUAGAAUACAAAGAUAUUGUUAAACUUUUACAAUCCAACCGUGAUAAAUUAUCCACAGAUAUAAAAUGGGGUGAUGAUUUGAAUAUAGAGCAUGAAAAAUUCAUAACAACUUAUCACGGUCAUCGCCCAGUUUUUGUUACAAAUUUUCCUGCUAAACUAAAGCCGUUUUAUGCUUUACAUAAUGAUGACGCAGACGGUACAUCUGCAUCGUUUGAUUUACUUUUUCCACAUUGUGGUGAAAUGGCUGGUGGAACUCUACGUGAAGAUCGCUAUGAUGUGCUAAACCAACGUCUCUCUUCUUUAGGACUAGAAAAUGAAUACAAAUGGUAUUCAGACUUGAGAAAGUUUGGUGGUGUUCCUCAUGGUGGUUAUGGACUGGGGUUUGAUCGUCUAAUAAGAUUUUUAUUGGGAGUGAAUAAUAUAAGAGAUGUUAUUCCUUUUCCAAGGGCAUCGCACUUCUGUUAUUUGUAAUUCCUGUCAGUGGAUGAGUGAUAGAUACUCUGUUACCUUCUAUGACCCAUUCAUUUCUAGCAAUCAUCUAUUUCAAUUAUAUUUGUAUAAAAAAAUUUCAACUGGGUAUGAAGUUUAAUUUUAUUAAAACAUUUGGUCAUUUGCACUAAUUUUCAUUCUUGAUUUCACAGA